AUAUUUUUUCACCCUUCACACUCCAACUACAAAAGAGGAAUUGUAUUCAAGUGAGCUUCAGUGCACGUGCAAUCCUAACUGGCUGGAAAUGCAUCCUGACAAUAUCAAUCCAAUAAAUGUGAGAUCUCUGAAGUGUAUUCUGAUUCGACUGUGGUUUAAGCCAAGAGAAGGAGUACCAGUAGUGAUCACCAGUUGGGGUGUACACUUUAGUGGCCUUAUUCCCAUUGGCUCUGUGAUGCCGUACACCUCUGAAAACUAUGAGCCAAAUACUCUGAUUUUGAAGCUCCGGAAUGCUUUUUACACAGCGCCAGGAUGCUGUUCUCAUUCUAGUACUGAGAAUUUACGACCACUUCAUUUUGGUUAUUCCUUACCACUGUCAGAAACUAAACGAAGCUACACAGUUAACUCCUUGUCAAGGCUACAUAGUACAAAACGAGCUCAAAGGCAGCAGGAGAUUAGAUGUCAAGAGACUCAUAGUGUGCUAGAGCAUCAUGGAGUCACUCGAAAUUCCCGAACGUCUCAACUAGCAACAAAGGUUGAAGACUGCAGAGUAAAGGUGGCGCUGCUUCGAGAGCAGCUAGAGAUUGAAAUCGACCAGCUCAGAGCCCUUAAAUUGUCUGCUGACAACCUUGAGAACCAGAACCAAGAGAAAGGCUUAGAACUCCUCGGAGGUUAUCAGGAUCUCCAUCGUCAAAGAAAGUAUCUUAGAAGUUUGCAAGAAGCAUCUAUCAGUGAAGGUGAAAAACUCAGGUACUCUUGCAGCUGUCUCAGGGACUGGAGAAUUCAACUGUUUUCACAGUUACCACUGAUAUACCCUGUAAAUCAAGAUAGCAAUGGCAAAUUUCACAUCUGUGGAGUCCACUUGCCCGAUGCCGAGCAGUACGAAAAUAUAUCAGACGUAACAUUAAGCGUUGGCCUUGGGUAUGUUGCCCAUGUUCUGUACAUACUGGCACAGUUUCUGAAUGUACCCCUGCGCUAUCCUAUUAAUCCGUAUGGCUCCCAGGCGACCAUUACCGACACCACAUCUCUGCAGCUGCGAGAUUCCGAGAGAGAAUUUCCAUUAUUUUCUCGUGGGAAGGAAAGGGAAAAGCUCCAUUUCAACUAUGGUGUUUUCUUGUUAAACAAGAACAUUGCUCAAAUGAGGUGGUAUGGCGGCAUCCUCACUCAGAACUUACGACCAACGUUGCCUAACUUGAAUUUCUUCGUUUCACGACUGGUUCAAGCCAGCUCUGCUGGAAAUCAGCCAGUUGCAGUGAUGCCUGAUGUGUUGGUCCCUCCCCUGAUAUCCAGAGAUUAUGUAGGACACGAAGUUCGUACCCCAGCGUCGCUUCUGCAACAGAAACGAAACCCUCAGCAGGUUCUUGAUUUGGGAGAGCAUGGCACCGUCACAGAAAUAAAUAGGUUGGAAAUUGAAGAACACGAAGACAUUGCCUGGAAAGCUAUGAAGUCGAGCAGUGACACAGAUUCCCUGAGUGAAGCUUCUCCCUCGAAGUUAUCCUUAUUUGUUCGAGAGGUAGCACCUUUAGAGGGGAAGGAGAGUUCUGGAAAGUUUGUGUUCGUUGACCAAGUCCACACAAAUAUUGUUGACUCGACCCAUUCAGAGAAAAACAUAGAAGAUAGACUUGCCCAUUCAAAUGGAUUUAGUUUCUCACUAGAUAAUGGAUUAAACCAUAUUGGUGGGAAGAGUAGUUCAUAUAUAGGUCUUUCUAGUUGUGAUGAUCUGAAUUUAAAUAAAGUAUCAAAAAUGCUAAAAAAUCUUCCACGUGGUUCAGAUCCAAGUUUGCUGGCAAAAGCGGAUAUUGGUGUUGAUGAAGAGGAAAAUUUGCCAGUCUUCAAAGAGCAAACUACAGAACUUCUGAGAUCGUGGACUGAAGAUGCCCCUUCUCACUACUUAGGAGUUUCUGAAGUCAGUAGUUCAGAGAGGUUGGAAGAAGUUGGUGUCGAGUGUCACGAGUCAUUUAUGUGCCCAACAGAAAAUGAAAGUGAACUUUCAUCUAGUACUUUGGAUUCUAAGCAACCUGAAGAAACAGAGGACCCUUCAGCAAAAAUGAACAUGAAGUCCAACAAAGGAAAGGUUGGAGAAACAGCCGUUUCAUCAGAUGAACUCGCUAAAGCACUGGAAGGCAUUUCCAGUGUUAAGGAAAGGGAAGACUCGACAGAGGCCACAAAAAGUGAAAAUGGAGUUGAGAACACCACCUUUUCACUGUCAGACUUUGGUGUCACUGAAGACAUGUUUCUAAAUGAUGUAGCUUUCAGAACUGCUGCAUUAGCCAGUCAGAACUUUAGUUUUAAGAUGUCUUUUUCAAGACAAAGCACUGAGGAUGAGUAUCAUUAGCGCUCUUAUUGUGAUGUGAUUUACUAGUUUAAAUUUCCACUGCUGCAGUCAGGUGAAGAAGCACUAGUGCUUGCACGGGAGAAAUGGAGGUUUAGAACCUUGUCGGAUGGGAUUUAUUCUCGUGAGCAGGCAAUCUAGUUAGUGCCUUGAAGUGUGUGUCUAAGGCUUCAUUCUUAGCAGCCUUCCCAUGUUAAUUAUACAUUACAUUGUAUUUAUAGAGUAUAUUAUCAACUUGGACUUUUUAUAUCCGUGAAAAUUUCGUAUUAGUUAUUGUGAAAUACUAAUAAUCCACUUCCCCUUGAUAUUAUGAAGCCCAAUAUUAGUGAAAGAUGGUUUUUUUCUGCUGAUUAUUGCUAGUCAAGACAUGUACAGUUUUGUCUUCCACUUUAGGGAGCAGUCAAAUUUUCUUAUUUCUUCCUCUUAUUUAAAAAAUUGGAAAGGUUUUUAUCUAAAAAGAGACUGGCAGAAAGCCAAACUAACCCUUGAACACAAAGCAUAGCUGGGAAUUCCAGAAUUGAAAGGUCAGGGCUUUCAGAUCAAAACUGUCAUUUUCUCCACUUACAUAGUUAUAGGCUUUGUUUAUUAACUGGAAUUUGUAUAAAUAUAUAUAUAUAUAUAUUUGCAUAUAUAUUGUUGGAUUUCUGAGGAGACAUAUUACAUUGUUGUGCUGUAUAAUUUUAAUUAUACUUUGUAUAUUUCUUUAUUCUAAUUCAAGUUUUGUAAAUGCGAUAACUGUAUAUUGUACAAAUCAUUGACAAUAGGUUCUCUUAAAUGCAUUUCAUUUAUUUGGAGUUUACUUUGAUUAGCAUGUAUUCUCAGAGUCAAGAGUUACUCUCCUGUUGAAACCCAAAAGUGUGUUUUAAGGAGAGCAGACUUUGGAUUAAUUAUGUGUUGACUAAUUACAUUUGUCAUCUGUGUUAUGGGAUCAUUCAAUAUUUAAUGAACAGAAAAAUGGAGAAGACAGGGUUUUGACAAUAGUACUGUAUUCAUAUUCUUUACCUUGUUAAGGAAUAAUUUGUAUGUACUGUAUUGAUAUUGUGAUGGAAUCUUUUCAAGUAAACAUUUUAUGUACA